AUGUCUCGUCCUUCCAUCAAACUACUAACAUGUUCUUGGGUGAGAUGUAGAUGGAUUCGUGCUGCACAUAUUCCGACUAGUGUCAAACCAGGAGAGAAAAUUGUUGCGAAAAAAGAGAUGUUAAGAUUUAUGAAGGAAUGUUUGAUGAGCGUUGGCGUGGUAGAAUCGCAUGCAAGGCAACUAGCCGAGGUUGCCGUCGAAGCCGACAUUCGCGGUCACUAUAGCCAUGGGCUGAAUAGAUUAGGUAUGUACAUCAACGAUGUGGAAGGAAAGGCUUGCAAUGUUGAUGGUAACCCGAAAAUACUCAAGGAACGCUCUGCUUGUGCUUGGGUGGAUGGCAAUAACCUUUUGGGACCUGUAGUUGGCAAUUUCUGCAUGGACUUGGCAACAAAGAAGGCAAAAGAAGCAGGUGUGGGGUGGGUAGUUGCUAAAGGUUCCAAUCAUUAUGGGAUUGCCGGCUGGUACGCGAUGAAAGCAAUGCAAAGAGGUGUCAUUGGAAUAACAAUGACGAACACUUACCCGGUGACAUAUCCGACUAGGGCUGCUCAGCCGGCCAUAGGCACAAAUCCCAUGGCAAUCGGUGCUAAUGGGACAUCUGAUGAUUCGUACCUUUUAGAUAUGGCUACAACCACUGUAGCUUUGGGAAAGUUUGAAAUCGCAAAACGUCGCUGCGAAAAAGUGCCUGCAACAUGGGGCGUCGCCAAAGGAGGGAAACCUACUACAGAUCCAGACAAGGUUUUGUCUGGUGGUGGGCUUCUUCCUUUGGGAGGAAACGAAAUCACUGGUGGUUACAAGGGCUAUGACGUCUGUUGCGCUGUGGAGCUUCUUUGUGGAAUAUUGGGAGGGGCAUUGUGGGGUCCCAACAUUCGAAAUAUGUAUGAAAGCAGAGCCGCUGACCUUGGGCAAUGCUUUAUUGCUAUUGAUCCAGAAGCCUUCGCUCCAGGAUUCCAUGAUAGACUCCAGGAAUUUAUAAAUGCCUUGAGGGGACUCAAAAAAGAAAAUGAGCGCUUGAAAGUUGAAGUUGCCGGUGAUCCAGAGAAGAAACAUGAAAAAUUGGUUGCACAUAUCGGGGGCAUACCAUACCACCCAAAUCAAAUUGAAAAUGCCGCGAAAAUCGCUGAAAGACUCAAAGUGAAGAAGGUGCACGUUCUGAAGGAGAUUUUUGCCAAUUAUGAUGAUUGCUCAAUGUAGAAAAAGGAAAAAGAAACAUUCCACGAUUAGCAAGAAAUUUUUCAUAAUUUUUGAUUUACAUCACUCAUAAAUUUCCGUAAGCAAGUUAUUCGAUAGUUUUCUCCAUUAAGGGUUAACGCAUUACAACGAC